AUGACCUACAACACCUUCAUCUCCAUCCCCGAACUGGUCGCAUGUCUCACCCCACUCAUCACCCGGCACGACCUCAUCCAGCUCGCACGGAUCAACCGCACCUUCCACGCUGUCUGUACUCCCUUACUCUGGCACACCCUCGACCUCAAAGACAGCACCGUUCUCUCUCGCCUCCUUGUCUCGCCCCAUGGACUCCGCGCCAUUGGAACCCACGCCCAUCUUAUCUGCGCCGUUGCAUGGAGACCUAACUUUUCGUGGUACUACUUCCGUGCUCUCUGGGUUUACUUCAACACCACCUUCCCUUUGCCAUCCGAACACAAGGCCAUAUCGACUACCGUCCUCGCUCAAAGGCAAUGGGGCAAUCUGGAGUACUCGCCUUUCUCGUUCUUGGUUCCCCUCCCGCCUCUACUUGGUUUGUCUCGGCUCAAGGCUUGCAUGACCAUGUACCCCUCGGACACUCUGAUGCUAGGUGUACCGAGCUACAGCCUUGACAACCACCUCCACCAAAUCAUGUGGCUGGUUAGACUCAAUGGUGCAACCUUAACCCAUCUGAGUAUCACACAACUGAGCCUGAUAUGCGUCCGGGUGGUUAGGGAUAUCUCCAGAACCAUCUCGCAGCUCUCUUGUCUCCGAGUGCUAAAGUUGAAAAUACAGCCUGUACAUUCGCUCACUCGUGAUGCAUUCGAGUCUCUAUUUUACAGCUGCCCCGCUUCCCUGGUCGACCUUAAGAUCGCCUACCAGAUUUCAAGAGAAACGUUUUGGUUCAGUCGCGAUCCGGUUGUGGGCAACUGGGAUUAUGAUCAAGGACCUCUUAUCCUGCGCGGCACGCCACUGCUCCAUCUCAAGAGUCUUGAUAUCCCAGCGAUGCCGCUUCAAGACCUGGCUCAGGUUUACGGCACCGUGCUUGGACAGUGUCCUGCUCUCGAGUCCCUUGAGUUACCCAAGCUGGGUCAACUUACCGACGAUAUGCUAUUUGUCAUUGCGUCCAUCAGUGAGUUGUGUCCACGGAUCUCGGCCCUAUCCUUCCCAGAGGGCUGCUUUGCCGAGCAUGUGAUGAUGGUUCUUGAAACGCUUCCUGAGCAACAACUGAAGAAUCUUUGCUAUAGUUCGUACAACGAUCCGGAUCCGGAACCGAUGAUCACGACAUGGACUCGACACUCCAUGACCCUUCGGCGGAUAGAGUUCACUCAUACGAGUCGCAUCCUGAGCUCAGUUAUCCAGGCGGCGUUGACGACUUGUGAGGGGCUGGAGGUCCUUAAUGUGACGUGUAAAACAGGCUCGGAGAGAGUGUGUCUGAUCUUUGCGAAUGCGAUCGAGUCCGAGUGGGUCUGCAAAAGGAUUCGAGAGCUGGUGAUGAAUGUCUGGAUCACGUCGAGCGGAAUGAACCCAUCUUACAUGGAGGACCCGACCAAGGCCACUUGGACAGAGGAGAAUUGGCGCCAUUGGGAGGACCUCGGCAAGUUCUAUUCCCAGAUAGGGUCCUUGACCCGCCUCGAGAUCCUGGACUUGCGCGCCGUAGGGAAGAUUGACACCCCGCCUAACUACAACACGCAUCGGGAGUACUUUCUCUCGCCCACUGAGACUUGUCUUCCUGGACUCUUGGCGUUGGAGGAUGCAGAGAAAGGCAAGAUUGGGUACUUGGGCAAACUAGCUGGGUUAACGAGGCUACAAGAGCUGAGAGGGUCGGUGGUAUGGACACAGACUGAUAAUUUGACGAUGAUUGGGGAGAAGGAGGUGGAUUGGUUUGUGAACCAUUUGCCGAGUCUGGAGAUGGCUACUUUUGAGAAGAAGUUUAGCAAGGCGGCCUAG